CCGCCGCCGCCGCGCUGUGGGUGGGGGGGCUGCCGCGGCUGAGCCGGGCCUCCGCGCCGGCUCCGAGGACGGGCGCCUGAGGAGCUGCGCGCCGCCCGCCCGCCGGGGCCGCCCGCAGGAGCGGGGCUCGGAGGCUUGACCCGGGCUCGCCCCCGACCGGCCGCGGAGGCCCCGCCGCGGUUUUCCGGCGGCCGGGCUCCCUCCCCUGUGGCCGGGUCGCCGACCCUCGGCGCCGCGCCGCCUCGCGAGUCGCCGGGCCGCGCUCAGCGGGCCCCGGAGCCGCCGCCAUGGGGUGCUGGGGUCGGAACCGGGGCCGGCUGCUGUGCAUGCUGAUGCUGACCUUCAUGUUCAUGGUGCUGGAGGUGGUGGUGAGCCGGGUGACCUCGUCGCUGGCGAUGCUCUCCGACUCCUUCCACAUGCUGUCGGACGUGCUGGCGCUGGUGGUGGCGCUGGUGGCCGAGCGCUUCGCCCGGCGGACCCACGCCACCCAGAAGAACACGUUCGGCUGGAUCCGGGCCGAGGUGAUGGGGGCCCUGGUGAACGCCAUCUUCCUGACCGGCCUCUGCUUCGCCAUCCUCCUGGAGGCCAUCGAGCGCUUCAUCGAGCCGCACGAGAUGCAGCAGCCGCUGGUGGUCCUCGGGGUCGGCGUGGCGGGGCUGGUGGUCAACGUGCUGGGGCUCUGCCUCUUCCACCAUCACAGCGGCUUCGGCAACGACUCCGGCCACGGCCACUCGCACGGGGGUCACGGCCACGGCCUCCCCAAGGGGGUCCGCGGCAAGAGCAGCCGCUCCGGGGGCAGCGACAACAGCGUGACCCCGGGCGAGCAGAGGCCUGACCAGGAGGAGACCAACACCCUGGUGUCCAAUAGUAGCAACUCCAACGGGCUGAAACUGGACCGGACAGAUCCAGAAAAGUCCAGAAAUGAUGCAACGGAAGUACAGGUGAAUGGGAAUCUUAUCAGAGAACCUGACCUUGUGGAAUUGGAAGAUGACGAUAAGGCCGGACAACUCAACAUGCGUGGAGUUUUUCUGCAUGUCUUUGGAGAUGCUUUGGGUUCAGUGAUUGUAGUAGUAAAUGCCUUGGUCUUUUACUUUUCUUGGAAACGUUGUCCUGAGGGGGAGUUCUGUGUGAACCCGUGUACCCCCGACCCCUGCAAAGCAUUUGUAGAAAUAAUUAAUGGUACUCAUGCAACAGUUUAUGAGGCUGGUCCUUGCUGGGUGCUAUAUUUAGACCCAACUCUUUGCAUUGUGAUGGUUUGUAUACUUCUUUACACAACUUAUCCAUUACUUAAGGAAUCUGCUCUCAUUCUUCUACAAACUGUUCCUAAACAAAUUGAUAUCAAAAAUUUGAUUAAAGAACUUCGAAAUGUUGAAGGCGUUGAGGAAGUUCAUGAAUUACAUGUUUGGCAGCUGGCUGGAAGCAGAAUCAUUGCCACCGCUCACAUAAAAUGUGAAGACCCGGCAUCGUACAUGCAGGUGGCUAAAAUCAUUAAGGACGUUUUUCAUAAUCACGGAAUUCACGCUACCACCAUUCAGCCUGAAUUUGCUAGUGUAGGCUCUAAAUCAAGUGUAGUCCCGUGUGAACUUGCCUGCAGAACUCAGUGUGCUUUGAAGCAAUGUUGUGGGACACGGCCACAAGCCCAUUCUGGAAAGGACGCAGAAAAGGCUCCGACAGUUAGCAUUUCUUGUCUAGAACUUAGUGACAAUCUAGAGAAGCCCAGGAGGACUAAAGUUGAAAGCAUCCCUGCUGUUGUGAUAGAGAUUAAAAAAAUGCCAAACAAACAACCUGAAUCAUCUUUGUGAGUCUUGAAAAAGAUGCGAUAUUUGACUUUUGCUUUAAACUGCAAGAAGGGAAAGACUCCAUUGAAAUUCUAAGUUUGCCAAGUAGUGUAAUUGAAGUCCUUGUCUGGUCACUCAGUUUAGUUCUAUUUUUGUAAGAACAUAAUGGGACUGCUUAACAGAGUUCUAUAUUACAACUUUGUAACCAUUAGUGCAGAGUACAGCUCCGCUGUAACAAUUUUGGAAAGCCAGUUUUAACACUAUGUUACAUUUUUGUUUAAAGUAAGUAUAAACCUUAUAUAACAUAAUGACAUUUGAUUUCCAGUUUUUCCAUGGUAAAAAAUUAGGGGCAUAAAUAAAUUAAAAUUGUUACUGGAAUUUCUUUGCUUCUCUUUUCCCCUAGUGUUAUACUUUGUUUAUUAGAAUUAUGAUCACUAGAACUUCAAAAAGCAUCAAUGAGUUUAUUUCCUUUGACGUUUUAGGUAAUAUAACUUGUCCUUUUAGAUCUAAAUUGCAUAGCAUAAUGGCAACAUAUUUUAAGAGUGACUCAUGAAUAUUAUUAGCGAAAGUUCUUGUUUUUCUUCACAUGGGGUAUUUAUAAUACUGAAAGCUUGGUUACUAUUCUGCAUUGAUGAGUAUUAUUCUAAUAGUGAGAAUUAACAAAUUGAACUAUAGUUUACACAAUGGGGCAUAUGGGCAGUAAGAUCAGGGAAGAAAGUUUACCAAAUUAAAUAUUUUAGGUUGUUGAAAGUUAACAUUCAGGCUGUAUUUCUAAAUUAUUCUGAGAAUUUGAACCCAUGUUUUUUCUUACCAAAGUUAAUCUGAAACAUGGACCUGUUCACCAGCAUUACUUUCUUUGAAAGAUUGGCAUUAGAAUAUUGAGCAGAAAGUUUGUUCACAAAAUAUAUACAGUAAUAUUUUUAAAGACAUUAAACUUAAUCUAGUAAUUACAUGUGAAAUGCAAGCUUAUUAAUGUAAUCUUUUAAAUUGUGAGUGUAAAAAACCUUUUCAGAGUUAAAGUCAUUUCAUGGUGACCAAUCCUGAAUGAAUUCAAACAGCUUUUCAAGCACAACCAGCAAUGCUUGUGGUUUGCCAAGAGCCACUGACAUGGGAGAAAAAAGAAAUCGGAAGGUUAAUACAAUUUGGAUGUUAAAUUCUUAAGAAACAAAAUGAGUUAUUAUUAGUAAAAAACAAAAUUGAUAAUUAAGAUUCUGUAAGUCAUCCUGUUUGACAUUGCUCAGAUCUUCCCAUAGUGGCUUAUUUUGCAAGGUGUCGCAGUAUCUGCACAGGAAAUUAUUCUUGGCUAUUUCAUUGAUGCUAUGGAUUUCAAAUCCAUACACCAAUAUUAUUUAAGGCUAUUUAAGUUAUAUUUUUCUUGGUAGAGAGGGGUUAUGCUUUGUGAAGAGACUGUAGAUUUUUGUCCUCAAAAGGAUGAAUGUUAAUAUCAGUUAUCAUGUAUAACUCUAUUUUUCUAGAAACAAGGUAUCUUGACUACUUCAGUAACUUUUAUAGCUGACUACUUUUGGGAUGGCUACCUUUUAGGAUUUGAAAUAAUUCAUUGUUUAAUGGGUCUUAAGAUGAAAGCAUUGGCCUUUGACAGUUAACUUUUUAAAGGGAUGAUCUUUUGUGGUAGAUGGUGUUUUUUUCUAGUGUAAGCCUAUUGCUGGCAAUGGGCCUAUUUAAGAACAGCCGAUUUUUCCAAUGAGAAUGAGGUAAUUUUAGGAAAAUAGUUUGUAAGUUCACAUUUACUAUAAUGGGCCAAAACCAUAACCUGCCAAUUUGCAAUACAUCUUGAUCUUUUAAUACUCUUAUCUGAUAUUGUAUAAUUCAAUUCCUAAACUGGUAGUUACUUUGGAUUUUGCAAAAAUUUUUUUUAACAUGAAAUUGGGGAUUCUCAUUAUAUGCGUGAAUAAGAUAGAGAAAGCUUCAAAUUGUGCUGUAUCAUGUACAUUCCUGACUUAACACUUUAAACUAUAAAACAUUAAGAUCUUAAAACAGUUUGUUAUAGAAACAUUUCAGUAAUGACAUCAUAGCAUAACUGGUAAAAUAUUAUGUUCAGUGGGGUUUUCUUUAUAAACCCUCUAUUGGGUCUAUUUCUUAGAGGUUGUAUACCAUGUAAGACGUCCACUGAAUGAGGAUUUUUUUAAAUGGUGUAUGAGCAUGGGACAAGGGCUAUUUUUUUUUUUCAAACGUGCUUUGAAGGUAGCAGUCCUUAGAUUUCAGUUAUUUCACUUUUCGUAAUUUUUAAGUAGCUUAUAUGUAACAGUGGUACCAUAGGAUUCUCUUUUUUCAAAGGACUUUGUCAUAAUAGCAAAAUCAGUGGGCGCUGACUCACCUUUUGAGUUUUAGCAGAGAAUUAUUUAUUUCUUUACAAUGCACUUUCUAACCCAUUUUUAGCUAUAUUAGCAUUAUCUUUUUUAAAAAUGCUUUUAUAUUUAAAUAUUGUGGGAUUUAAGUGUCUUUUCCAAAGUAGCUUAUUCCUUCCUGAAAGAAAAUGAGGGAAAUACCCUGAGUUAUUAGGAGACUUAACCCCAAUAUUUAAAUACGCUGUUUUAUAACACUGCAUCAGUUUUAGGAGGUGCAUCUCUCCUGCUGGCUCUUUUAUAUUUGAGCAAGAUCAGUGUAUUUAGAAUAUGUGUUUAGAAACUUGUCUGUUGUCUCAGUUUAGUGAGAAGGAGGUGCUGCAUGUGCCUGAAUUAAAACCAACCCAGAAAUUUCCCCCAGCCAAAUGCAGCCUUAGUGAUGAGAGAGAUUUAAUUCUCCAUUGUCACCUUUUAGCUUAUAUGAUUGUCUAAUUAAUUUUUUUGAAGGGCAUCUGCAUUGUAAAAGUAUGGACUAGAACCUAAAAAAAAAUCGCAAAAAUUUUACCGUACGUAUUUUAACAUUUUAGAAAACGAUACAUUUGAAUAACUAAGGUAUGGAAUUUGAAUAGGAAAAAUUUCCACCAAGAGCACCUUGGAAAAUCACAAUAGGUAGAAGACUAUGUUAACACCUUUCUAUCUUGUUGACAUCCUCAGUUAAUUUUUUGUUUUGAGGGAAAAGGCCUAUGGAACCUGAUGUGAAGUGUUUAGUAGGCUGACUGGUAUUGAGUUGAAGAUUUUUACUGUUUGUAAGCAGAUACCAUUUGAAUGAUAUAAAUGUCAUUUACCUGCUGUCUUAAGAUGUUCACAUGUACACAAAUAAAUGGAGAGUAAUUCUACAAUAUAAAAAUAUUUAUUUUAAUAGAGCUUCAGUUAAGUCAUUAAACAGUGUUAAAACUCUUGGGAAGGUGGAGGGUUUUUUUUGUUUGUUGUUUUUUAAAUUGAAACUUGUCAAAUACAGUGUUUGACCAUCUGAAAUGGGAAUUGUAAUAGCACUAUUUUGAUGUAGCUCUACCGAUACCAUGUGGCAAUGCUAUUUUGUUUUACUAACAAACUCUGGAAUGUUUAGCAGUCAUUUUCACUGGCACAAGAGCCUUUUCUAUGUCGUUCAGUUUAAACUUUUAAACCAAAAAUUUUAUGGUCCAGUGUCUUUGGCAAGAAGAUGCUGACGGGAAUGUAACAUACAAUUAAUAUGUGGUUAUAUAUAAAAAGACACAAAUUGCCAUGUUAUGGUUCUGCCUUGAAACAGCACAAUGAAGUGUACCAGUGUAUUCUGUGAUUCUGUAUGAAACUUCCAUGUUGUGUUGUUUUGUGUCUGCCAUAGCUUGUCCUUUGGGUCAGAUGUGGCACAGUAAAAUGCAAUUAUCAUCUCAUUAAAUGCACAUGCAGAUAAAAUGUCUUUAGUGCUGCAGCAUUUUACCUAACUUUUUGUAUGUUUUAUGACUGUGCGUUGUUUUCCAAAGCUGUUCCUACCUCACCAUGAGGCUUUAUGGAUUGUUAUGUAUUAUAAAUGUUCUUUAUGAGACAGACUACUGUGUUUCUUCUCAUUUGUUAAAAGUAAGUAGAAAAAUAAACUAAUUUUAAUAUCUA